AUGCGAUCCUGGGAGAACCUUUACAACUGCGCUGAGUCCUACACACUGGAAGACGUGGCUGCACAGUCCGACUAUGUAACUCGCUGGUCAACCCUUAACGACUCCUACUACUUCUCAGCUCCCUUCUCCGGCAUGGUUGCACCUGCUGCACACAAUUUCGUCAUCAACUUCAUGUCAAACUACAGCGCCGAGAACCCUGGCGGCUUCCUUUCUCGCGACGUACUCAAGAGCUUUUUCGCCGUGACUGGCGAAGGUCCCGGCUCAUUUGUGCACAACCGCGGUAAAGAGCGCAUCCCAGACAACUGGUACGAGAGGCCUCUUGCCAACGCCUACAACAUUUCAGAAGUCCUUGCCGAUGAUCAGGUCCCCGGCAUCGUUCGCAUCGGUCGAAACACCGUUACCACCAACUCCUUCGCUGGCGUCGAUCUCCAGGAUCUUACUAGUGGUGCUUUCAAUGCUGCCGAUUUUGCCAACGGUAACAAAGGCGCCUGCUUCUUGUUGCAAGCUUCCCUCGCCUGCCUUCCUGAUAUCUCCAACCCACUUUUAUCUUUCUGUUAG